AGUUUUAUAUUUUCACAUUUACGGGGCAGACAUAUUGCUUACCGGAGCUUUUUCUGGAAAGCUAACAGUGGAAAAGGGAUUUGAAAUUGAUGUCCAUUGCUACUACUUGAAACACUCAAAGCAAAUAAAACGUCAUGGAGCCAUCAACCAGUCCGGCCAAGGACAACUACAGGAUGAAUCGCUACAAGAACAAAGCACUGAAUCCAGAGGAGAUGAGGCGCAGGAGAGAAGAGGAGGGCAUCCAGCUCAGGAAACAAAAGCGAGAACAGCAGCUCUUCAAGAGAAGAAACGUGGAUGUUCUCAAUGAAGAAGAGGUCAUGUUUGAGAGUCCACUGGUAGACUCGUACUUAACUUCUCCAGAGACGGAAGGAGUUAUCACCAGAGACAUGGUUGAGAUGCUUUUCUCAGAAGACCCAGAGCUUCAGCUCGCAACAACACAAAAAUUCAGAAAACUGCUUUCCAAAGAGCCCAACCCUCCUAUUGAUGAGGUUAUAAACACACCGGGAGUGGUGGAGAGGUUCGUGGAGUUUCUGAAGAAGAGUGUGAACUGCACACUACAGUUUGAAGCAGCCUGGGCUCUGACCAACAUAGCUUCAGGAACCUCGUUGCAGACGAAGACGGUCAUCGAGGCUGGAGCUGUUCCCAUCUUCAUAGAACUACUGAACUCAGACUUUGAGGAUGUCCAGGAACAAGCUGUGUGGGCCCUGGGCAACAUAGCGGGAGACAGUGCCGUGUGCAGAGACUACGUCCUGAACUGUAACAUUCUUCCACCUUUAUUAACGCUUCUGACUAAAUCCAACAGAAUGACCAUGACUAGAAAUGCAGUGUGGGCUCUGUCUAAUCUCUGUAGAGGCAAAAACCCUCCACCUGCUUUUGACAAGGUGUCUCCGUGUCUGCCCGUCCUGUCCCGGCUCUUAUUCAGCAGUGACCCAGACUUGCUGGCAGACGCCUGCUGGGCUCUAUCCUACCUCUCAGACGGACCCAACGACAAGAUCCAGGCUGUCAUCGACUCUGGUGUGUGCAGGCGUCUCGUGGAGCUUCUCAUGCACACGGACUAUAAGGUCGCGUCUCCCGCUCUUAGAGCGGUGGGGAACAUCGUCACCGGAGACGACAUCCAAACACAGGUGGUGCUGAACUGCUCGGCUCUUCCCUGCCUGCUGCACCUUCUCAGCAGUGCUAAAGAGUCGAUUCGCAAAGAAGCUUGCUGGACCAUCUCUAACAUAACAGCAGGAAACCGAGCCCAGAUACAGACGGUGAUCGAUGCCAACAUCUUUCCGGUGCUGAUUGAAAUUCUGCAGAAAGCUGAGUUUAGGACCAGGAAAGAAGCCGCCUGGGCCAUCACCAACGCCACGUCUGGUGGAACGCCAGAGCAGAUCAGGUACCUGGUGAACCUGGGCUGCAUUAAGCCCCUGUGUGACUUGCUGACCGUCAUGGACUCAAAGAUCGUCCAGGUGGCUCUGAACGGGCUAGAAAACAUCCUGAGGCUGGGUGAGCAGGAGGCCAAGCAGGAGAACAAUGGCACCGGCGUCAACCCCUACUGCAGCCUCAUCGAAGAAGCCUACGGAUUAGACAAGAUCGAGUUCCUCCAGAGCCACGACAACCAGGAAAUCUACCAGAAGGCCUUUGACCUGAUCGAGCGCUACUUUGGGGUGGAGGACGAGGACAGCAGCCUCGCCCCUCAGGUGGACCAGGCCAACCAGCAGUUCCUCUUCCCCCAGCAGGAGGCGCCCAUGGAGGGGUUCCAGCUAUAAGUCCUCUUAUGCUCCACCCCCUCUGUCCUCUCGGCUCUUUAUGCCUGAGUCACGCCACUGUGCCCUCAUCCCUCAUUUCUCUCACACACACGCGCACGCACACACACACAGAUUUCUGCUGCCAUGUGUGGGUUCUUAAAUUCUGUCACUGGCUGCAACUGUGGAUUUUUUUUUUUUAAGUGAUAAUUUUUUAGUUACAUUUUCCGGUUCAGCGGGACAUUUCCUGAAUCAUCUGCAGAGGAGGGUGUGUGAGGGUACCUCCAUCGUGUUUAUUUACCCCACCAUUUAUUUAUCUGCUUCACUUAUUAGUCCUUGAUUGUCUCUCUCGUUAAGAAGUGUUUUUUUUUUACUAAGAAGCUCCCUGAUUGGCCUAAAUCUGGUCCUCCCCUAGCUUUUAAGUUGGGAGUAGUCUGAGUAUUUGUGACAACAUCUGAUGUCCAUGUGUGCCGUGGUGAUAAUAGGAUGAUGGAUUAUGGAGUGAUCUGGUAGGCGUGGGUGAGCGGAGCAGCUGCAAACCACGAUGUUUUAGUUUCAGCUGCAUUUAUCAGAUCAGACUUUAAAGGUGUGGAAUUUAUUCAUAAGAAGCGUCUUUAAUAAUGUGGCUAGUGUGAACCCCACAGUGGUGAUGGAUUCCUGCUGUGGAUGGAGGGGUUGUGCAUGGUCUGCAGUCGUUGGGUAUCACCGACCAGGCAGACGGCCUCUGGGGUUCCUAGCAGCAGCUGCAGUGACUUUUACUGGUGUGAGUAGUGAUAGUGUAGUGACCACGGUGGUGUUUUAUGUAGUGGUAGAAUAGCCUAUGGCGUCUAAUACCACCAUAUCUAUGAGGAAUGGAGCGAACAGCUGCACCGGGACAGUUGUGGCGUUGGUGUAAAUGGACGCCUGUGGGUCUGAGGGCUUAGAAAGGUCGGAGGUGUCCAGCAGCAGCAGAGUAUAUCUGAACUUUGGUGUAUUUGCAUUAAUAUAUUUUUGUCUUUAUGCACACAUGCAUACAACACCAGCAGACACACACACACACACCUGCCACAGAUGAGUGACUAGAAGGAAAAAUUAGAUAUUUAUUUUGUUAUGGAGGCUGGAAAAAUUCUGUUUUGAUUUAAAAAGUUUUCUUUAGCCGGCCUUGGUUCUGGUGUGAGGAAGAAGAUUUUCAGUUUGUUUUUACUAAAUCUGAGUCAUUAAUGCUUGGCAUGAAAGAACUCGUGGUUGUUUGUAGCUACAGGACUAGUGACGGUUGAGAUGAACCCAGUGAGCUCUGAGCCGGGCUCGGUGGGUCAGCGUUGGUUGUGUGGUUUUUGACUGACGGGCGCUUUGUGAGGGAGAGGCCCCUGCUCUGUGGAUUACUGCAGAAUUAGAUUCAUUUCACCCAAUUUAAACGAUAACAAAAGCUAUGGGCGUGAUUAAAUAAUACAACACUUGCCGAGGCCCGUGAGAGUCUGGUGGGUAUCAGCGGAACACGUCUCCUCCUGGGUGAUGUCACAGGUCACGUCGUCUUUGACUUCCUGGCUAGAUCUCUGCUUCAGCUCCAAAACAGGUUGCAAUAUUUUAAAAAAAUGCAUCAACAAGAAAUAAUAUUUAUAUUAAAAGAUGAAAAAUGCACUCCUGCUCACUAAAGUGCCAAUCCGACCAACAGACUGAAAGAGCCUGCGUUUCCGUCUUUAACCUGUAGAAUAAUUCUUUAUAUCUUUAUGUACUUGAAUGUGCACGUUUGUGCAAAACAUUGCUGCUCUAUUUUCCUGAUCUUUAAAGUUACAUUAUUUGCCAUUGAUUUUCUUAAGAGGCAAACUUUACUUUGAGCUCCUAGAGGAUGGUGUCUGGGAGGGGUGGGGAUGGUCGGGCAGGUGAUAAAAAUAAACAUGCCUUUAUUUCCAGGUGAUCCCUGCCUUUGAGGUGAUUGUGUCUGUGCUAAUCCGUAGAACCGUGUAGCUUGAUCAUGCUCUAGAUAAUCUUGUUCCAUUUCACUUCUGUCAUGGAUGAGAUCUGUAAUCAGUCUCAUUGUUGCAGAUGAGAACGUAAACACGGCACAAACCCCUUUAGUUUACUAAAGGCUGGUUAAACGAUCACCGUUUCACAGAUUGUUGCUAAUCAAGAUUUCGCUUCAGAUUGGUACUUUUCAGCAUUUAAAUGAGUUCAAUUUGUGUUUUUAUUUUUAUUUUACUUUUUAGUUUACUAAUCUGCAGCAUAAGCCAGAUAACUGCAACACUGUUUAAAAAGAAAUAAAAAACGGCCACUUGUCAGAGCUAACCACCCACCCUCAGGUGACACAUCGCACUGACAAGAAGCAGCUGUGGGACCCUUUCAUUUGCGUUUGGCAUCAUAAGUAGUGCGGUGAUGUACAUCGAGAGUAUUAUGAUCUAAACUGUGUUCUGAUACAUUGGCAGGGAUUCAGAUGUAAUUCUAAUCACUUCUGAGAAGUGGAGACAAAGCCUCAGUGGAACUUGUCACAGGUUAUAUUUAAAAACAAACAUGGUAAGGAUGCAAGCCUUUUCUGCUUCUCUUGAUCUUUUGUUCCUGAUCAGGAUAUCCUGGGCUAUGUUAUUUUGGGAUGUUUGUUGAGAUUGAAAGUUUGUCCUAGUCAGGCUUAAUGACCUUUGUUGUCAUUAGGACAUCUGGAAUGAUCUCAAAUCUGACCCGUCUUCCGUCCUGGACGCUGUUGGUGUCUUUAUCGUGGUUCUAACGCUGCACUGGGCUCGGUCUGACGUCGUCUAUGCUACAUGUUUACAGUGCUCCUGUUUCUAUCCCGUCUCUAACCAGUCCUUGUUUAUUUUCUUAUCUGGUCCUUUCAUUUCUUCUACUUCGUAUUUAUUUUCUCUUAACUUGUUAAUGCCCCCCCCCCCCCCCCCCAAAUCAUCAUACCCUUCAUACGAUCCACUUUUCUACUGUGACUUGACUUGACUUUACCGACGGUAUGAAUGAGUGAUGAGAAACUAACACUUCAGCUUAACAUGACACACAAACAUAAACAUUUGGAAGAAAAAAAAACUUCGAUAUUAGAAAUGUAAAGAAAAAGUAUGGAGUUUUAAAAUGUUCAGAGAAAAUACUGUUAAAAAACAAAUAAAGUUAUGUUUCAACCCUUU